AUGGCCACUGGAAGACAUGGGGGUUAUCGCGAUAAUGAGUUCAGGGACCGGGAGUCCAAUUUUGACUUGCCAAGGAGGGAUUUCGCUACAGCUAAGGAGGACUACGAACGGAUGAGGAACGGAAAUCGUGAUGGCGAAAGGGGUCAAGGUAGGGAUUUGAGAGAUAGAAUUAGGGUUAGGCAGAAGGAUAUAAAGGAGAGGAAUGGUGGGUAUCGCUCCUCUUCGAGCAGCAGCGGUGGUGGAGCUGGUAGUCGUGGGCCUAAGCAAAGUGGGUUUUCUGUUAGGGCCUUGGACAGGGAACCUGGUGAAUUGUCGAGUGAGAGUGGGUCUGAUGAUGCUAUUGAAUCUGCAUCGCAGGUCAGAGAAAAUGUGGUUUCAAAGGUCGUAGAGAAUGGAACUGAGUCUCCGAAAGAGAGGAAAAGGAAGUAUUCGCCCAUUGUCUGGGAUAGAGAUGACAACAAAGGAAUGAGUAAUUCGUCAAAAACUAGGAUUACCACUGCGCUGACAGCUCUUCCUCCUCCACCGCCGCCGUCUAGGGUAUUUCAUCAGUCUCCUAAUGUUAUUUCAGAUAGCAGUGUACAAAUAUCUUCAGUUAAAAUUGUUGAGGUCGAGAAUAUACAGUCUUCUUCUCCAGUUAAGCCUCCUGUGGAACAUGGGUCUGUUAGCAAUGGUGUAUUGGAGUCUCCAGUAGGGCUAUCUUCACUAAGUCAGCAAUGGGGUGAUGAUCAUGAAGCAGAGCAGCUAGAAGAUGAAGAAUAUGUCCCGACCCGGAAUAUAUCAUCUUCAAGAUGGGCAGCGGGAAAUAAUUCUCCUGGUGAUGAAGGAGAAAUUUUAGGGAACGAGCAAAUGCCUAAAAGGAGGAAGAAAAUUCCGUUUGUAGGGUCAGUAGAAGAUGGAGUACGCAACAAUUCGUUGACACCUGAGUCUGGGGAGCUUAAGAGAGAUGGGUCUGAACGAGUCAGAGCGAGGUCAUCCGAAUCUGAAGAACAGGAUGCCCAUACUAGGUCUUCCAGUAGGAAUGAUUACCCUGAUAAUGACUCAGAGAGGGAUGACUACAUGGAUACUGACAAGGAAUAUGGUAAUAAUGACUCUAGUGUUAGUCAGUCAGAUACAGAUUCUGAGGAUAACAAUAACUCUCGUGAGACCUCAGAACCUGCAGCUCCUCCACAAAGAAGCGUAAACAUGCUUCAGGGUUGUAGAAGUGUUGACGAGUUUGAGAGACUAAACAAGAUAGAUGAAGGCACUUAUGGUGUUGUAUAUAGAGCCAUGGAUAAGAAAACUGGAGAAAUUGUGGCCUUGAAGAAGGUAAAGAUGGAGAAGGAAAGAGAAGGUUUUCCCUUGACUUCUCUUAGGGAAAUAAACAUUCUUCUUUCUUUUCAUCACCCAUCAAUUGUCGAUGUGAAGGAAGUGGUGGUGGGGAGUAACCUUGAUAGUAUUUUUAUGGUGAUGGAGUACAUGGAACAUGAUCUUAAAGCACUAAUGGAGACAAAGAAGGAGCCAUUCAGUCAGAGUGAAGUUAAAUGCCUUAUGCUCCAGUUAUUGGAAGGUGUCAAAUAUCUUCAUGAUAAUUGGGUGCUUCAUCGGGAUUUGAAGACAUCGAACCUGCUUUUGAAUAAUUGUGGUGAGUUGAAAAUAUGUGACUUUGGAUUGUCUCGUCAGUAUGGGAGUCCUUUGAAACCGUAUACUCAUUUGGUGGUUACUCUUUGGUACAGGGCACCUGAACUCCUGUUGGGAGCAAAAGAAUAUUCAACGGCAAUCGAUAUGUGGUCACUUGGUUGUAUAAUGGCUGAACUAUUAUCGAAGGAGCCACUUUUCAAUGGGAAAACGGAAUUUGAUCAACUUGACAAGAUUUUUAGAAUCCUUGGCACACCAAAUGAGACUAUCUGGCCUGGAUAUUCCAAGCUUCCUGGAGUCAAGGUCAACUUUGUUAAGCACCCGUAUAACCUUUUGCGCAAGAAGUUCCCAGCUACAUCAUUUACUGGAUCUCCAGUUCUUUCUGAUGCUGGAUUCAAUUUGUUGAACAAGCUUUUAACUUAUGACCCUGAGGAGAGAAUUACAGCUGCAGAUGCUCUGAAUCACGAGUGGUUUCGUGAAGUUCCUCUUCCCAAAUCGAAGGAGUUCAUGCCCACAUUUCCUGCUCAUCAUGCUCAAGACAGGCGCACACGGAGAAUAUUGAAGAGUCCUGAUCCCUUGGAAGAGCAACGUAGAAAGGAAUUGCAGCAAGGGGAAAUAGGAACUGGUGGUGUGUUUGGCUAG